GAUGCCAUCAGCCCGGAGGGGAGCGGAGGGCCGCAAGGCAGAGCCGGCCGGCGCGUUGGGGACCGCAAGGCUCGCUCCCUGCCGAAGAGGAGCCCCUCCUUCCUCCGAGCUCUCCCCGCCUCGCUCCUAUACACACACACCGCAAAACCCCACCCCCAUGUUCCUCCGGGGCCUCUGCUACGUUGGGCUGCUCCAGGAAGUUUCCAUGAAAGGAGCUGAAAUACUGUUACCUUUUCCAGGUAAGGGCGAGUGAGAGAAAGCCCUGCACCCACUUUGGUGAGUUGCAGCUAAGAACUUCAGGCUCCGCCAGGAGGAGAAAGGGAAAUUAAGAAGGUCUUUGGACCUGGCGGCGUGGCUCUCUUCCUCAUGGCUUCACUUGGCGGCCACAGCGGUGACUGCUCCAAUGUCAUUGAUCACAGCCAUGUCCCCGAAUUCGAGGUGGCCACCUGGGUCAAAAUUACCCUUAUCUUGGUGUACCUGGUCAUCUUCGUGGUGGGCAUCGUGGGGAAUAGUGUCACCAUUCGGGUGACCCAGGUGCUGCAGAAGAAAGGCUACUUGCAGAAGGAGGUGACAGAUCAUAUGGUGAGUCUGGCUUGCUCGGACAUCUUAGUCUUCCUCAUUGGCAUGCCGGUGGAGUUCUACAGCAUCAUCUGGAACCCCCUGACCACGCCCAGCUAUACCGUGUCCUGUAAGCUUCACACUUUCCUCUUCGAGACCUGCAGCUACGCCACCCUGCUGCACGUGCUGACGCUCAGCUUCGAGCGCUACCUCGCCAUUUGCCACCCCUUCAGGUAUAAGGCCAUGUCGGGUCCCUGCCAGGUGAAGCUGCUGAUUGCCUUUGUUUGGGUCACCUCCGCCCUGGUGGCGUUGCCUUUGCUUUUUGCCAUGGGAGUUGAGUACCCCCUGGUGAACGUGCCCAAUCACCGGGGUCUCACUUGCAACCGCUCGCGCACCCGCCACCACCAACAACCCGAGACCUCCAACAUGUCCAUUUGUACCAGCCUCUCCAGCCGCUGGACCGUCUUCCAGUCCAGCAUCUUCAGCGCCUUCAUCGUCUACCUUCUGGUCCUGGUGUCCGUGGCCUUCAUGUGCUGGAAUAUGAUGCAGGUGCUCAUGAGGAGCAAGCAGGGCACAGUGGACGGGAAGGGGCAGAAGCCGCCGCUGAGGAAGUCCGAGAGCGAGGAGAGCAGGACAGCCAGGAGGCAGACCAUCAUAUUCCUGAGGCUGAUUGUUGUGACCUUGGCUGUCUGCUGGAUGCCUAACCAGAUUCGGAGGAUCAUGGCUGCGGCCAAACCCAAGCACGACUGGACGAGGACCUACUUCCGGGCGUACAUGACCCUCCUCCCCUUCUCGGACAUCUUCUUCUACCUGAGCUCGGUCAUCAACCCGCUUCUGUACAACGUGUCCUCGCAGCAGUUCCGCAAGGUGUUCGGGCAGGUUCUGCGCUGCCGUCUGACGCUGCUGCACGCCAACCAAGAGAAGCGCCUGCGCGCCCAUGUCGCUUCCACCAUGGACAGCGCCCGCUCUGCGCACCGCCCGUUACUCUUCAGGGCUUCCUGGCGCAAUUCCUCUGCGAGGAGAACUAACAAGGUUUCCUUAAGCACUUUCCAGAGCGAGGCCAAGCCCGAGUCUAAACCGCAGCAAUUGAGUCCUGAGUCAUCAGAGCCCAACUCUGAGACGAAACCAGCUAAUUCUGCUGCAGAAAAUGGUUUUCAGGAGCAUGAAGUGUGAGUGUCAAGUAAGGAAGCCUUGAGCGCCACCCGACCCUCCCCCUACAGAAGCAACAUUACCCUCAGACGGCAGUGACCAACUGUGUCCCCAUAAGGAACAGGCGUGGAAGCUAAGGGCCUUGGAAAAGGCAGAUGGACACCUAAGUAUCUUCUAAG